AUGGAGAAAGAAAACAGGUAUUCCCUAUUACAACAUACAAAACUAUGCGAAUGUGACAUUGAAGGUGUGAAUGCAAAAGGCCAGGACAAGCUGCUGGCCAGCCCGCGGGCCAUCAACAACCUGGUGCUGCAGGGCUGCUCGUCCAUCGGGCUGCGCCUGGUGCUGGAGUACCUGUACACGGCCAACGUGACCCUCUCGCUGGACACGGUGGAGGAGGUGCUGUCGGUCAGCAAGAUCCUGCACAUCCCGCAGGUCACCAAGCUGUGCGUGCAGUUCCUCAACGACCAGAUCUCGGUGCAGAACUACAAGCAGGUGUGCAAGAUCGCCGCCCUGCACGGCCUGGAGGAGACCAAGAAGCUGGCCAACAAGUACCUGGUGGAGGACGUGCUGCUGCUCAACUUCGAGGAGAUGCGCGCCCUGCUCGACUCGCUGCCCCCCCCCGUCGAGUCGGAGCUGGCGCUCUUCCAGAUGUCCGUGCUCUGGCUGGAGCACGACCGGGAGACCCGCAUGCAGUACGCCCCCGGCCUCAUGAAAAUUCGUUCCAAUAAGAAAAUGCUGUUAUUGGUUGGAGGAUUGCCUCCCGGACCUGACCGGCUACCCAGCAAUUUGGUUCAGUAUUAUGAUGAUGAAAAGAAGACGUGGAAAAUACUGACAAUUAUGCCAUAUAACAGCGCCCAUCACUGUGUCGUGGAAGUGGAAAACUUCUUGUUUGUGCUGGGAGGAGAAGACCAAUGGAACCCUAAUGGGAAACACAGUACAAACUUUGUUAGCCGAUACGAUCCCAGGUUUAACAGCUGGAUACAACUUCCACCCAUGCAAGAGAGGAGAGCCAGUUUCUACGCCUGUCGCCUUGACAAGAACUUGUAUGUAAUCGGUGGAAGAAAUGAAACUGGCUACUUGUCCAGUGUGGAGUGCUACAAUCUGGAGACAAACGAGUGGCGUUACGUGUCUUCAUUACCGCAACCUUUGGCAGCCCAUGCAGGAUCUGUUCACAAUGGCAAGAUAUAUAUUUCAGGAGGUGUUCACAAUGGAGAGUAUGUCCCCUGGCUGUACUGCUAUGACCCUGUGAUGGACGUCUGGGCCCGAAAACAGGACAUGAACACAAAGCGAGCAAUCCACACUUUGGCUGUAAUGAAUGAUCGACUGUAUGCAAUUGGAGGAAACCAUUUGAAAGGUUUCUCCCAUCUCGACGUAAUGCUUGUGGAAUGCUACGAUCCAAAAGGUGACCAGUGGAAUAUCCUCCAGACUCCUAUUCUGGAGGGUCGCAGUGGCCCUGGCUGCGCAGUCCUUGAGGACAGUAUUUACCUUGUGGGAGGCUACAGCUGGAGUAUGGGAGCUUACAAAUCUUCUACUAUUUGCUAUAGUCCUGAGAAAGGGACUUGGACAGAACUAGAAGGAGAUGUUGCUGAGCCACUUGCAGGACCUGCUUGUUCAACUGUCAUAUUGCCAGCCUGCGUACCGUACAACAAAUGAUAGUCAAGGAGCACUGACACGAACACUGAUUGCAUUUGGGAAAAUGAUGACGGGUGACGUAAAUAUUUUAUUAGAACAGGAUUCCUGUUAAAACAAAGCUACCAUAAUUGACCCCUUAUUCCAUAUUUAUGCUUUAGGAGCAAACUAAAAGAAAACAAAAACCAAGUGUUGUCCCAUCUCAGAUAGAUGCCGGUGUCUUAUGAAACAAGCAGCUAAAACACACCGAACAUGACAUGCUGACAGACUGCCAUUUCAGACUGAUUUUAACUUUUUCCUGCUGCAGAGAUAUUCCUCACGUCAAAUUUAACUUUUAAAAAAAUGAAGGCUAAAUGUUCAAAUACAGCCUGAAGAGACAAGAUCAGUAUUGUGCAUUGUAUCUACCUGCAUGUGAUCUGUGUUGAAGUCAUGAGGAUGUUGUUUUCAUGAAUGCUUCAGAAUUCAGAUAGCGAAAAGCUCACACUGCAUUGCAGAAUUGUCUCCUCCUCUGUAAUCCUAACCUACAGCUACUUCACGUGCUCUGCAAGCAACACAGCAUCAGAAGAUUAUAAAAGGUAAAGAAAUAUCAUUCAGUUUUUGCACAGCUUGGCAUCUAAUACGCUCUGCCUUCAAAGUCCCCACGUGUAAGUGCAGCGGAAAGCAGACUACAAUGAAAGCCAUGCUUUACAGAGCACUUCUUGCAAUAGCAGCUUAGGGAUUAGGAUCAAAUUCUUCUAAUCACACUUGUGUAAAGUCAAAGUCAUUUCACUGAAAUCACAUGGAAUGACUGUUUUUACAUUGGUAUAACAGCAAUUUGGUCCUACACCUGAAAUUCUGGGUUCGUAAAGUAAGUUAUUUCUAUGGCCACUUAACGAAGCACCAGAACCCUUACUUACUUUUCACUAACCUGUUAGAUAGGAGCAUCCAUGCUAGUUGCUUCCAAAGACAAGAAGACUGCAUUUAACUAUAAAUGUCUUACUUUGGACUCUUAAAUGAUGAUGAAUAAUUUUGGAAAGACACUGGUAAGUGGUUAAAAUACUCCUGUGUGGUUGAUCUUAAAACGUACUCUGAAAGACUUUUACUAUUGAUCCAAAGUAAUACAAGGCUAGACUUUCCACUGCCUUACAGCCUGUGUAAUUAU